AUGAGUGAGAGGAUCAACUUCUCUGACAACCUAGGCCAGUGUGUGGUGAUGCCAGGCAUGCCCUUCCCCAGCAUCAGGUCUCCAGAGCUGCAGAAGACGACGGCCGACUUGGAUCACACUCUUGUGAGUGUCCCCAGUGUUGCAGAGGGCCAUCAGGCACCAAAGGGAUUCUGCCAGCAUAGUGCUCCUGGACCAGUGAUACACCUGGCACCCUGUCCUGGACAAGCUGUUGGCCUGGAUCUGAGCCCUCAUGGAGGUCAAAGCCACCUUUGGUUCUGCCAUUGCUGCUGUGUGGAAGUUCAGUCCUGCCUUUUCCUUUCCCGAGAGCCUCCACCACCCCGAGAUCGCAUUUCUCACUGCCUUAUGUCUGCCCAGUUUCACCAGAAGUAG